AACGUGACAGAACGAACCGACCAGUAAUGACCCCAGCAGAGAGCUUUUAUGCCUUUUUGGGCAUCCGGAUUCGGCCCGAGCAUCAGCCUCAGCCCCGGCCUGUUGGCUUCCUGAGCGUCCCGGAUCUGUUCUUGGGAACCCGCCUUGCCCUGGGAGGCCCACUGGGUUUCCAGUCUGCUCCUCACCAUGCUGGCAUCCAGGACACUAGCUUCGAGCCAGAUGUCAUGCUAGGGGUGGGAUCUCCCAGAAGGAAGCGUGGGCCUCAGAGGCGGCGUUCUCCUAAGUUGCUCAGUGUUCCAUCCAAAUCCAAGCCUACUCCUGCUCCAAGCGUCCUGGCGGAGGUCCGGUCGACCUCUGCUCCAAGCGUCCUGUCGGAGGUCCGGUCGACCUCUGCUCCAAGUUUCCUGUCGGAGGUCAGGUCGACCUCUGCUCCACGCGUCCUGUCGGAGGUCCGGCCGACCUCUGCUCCAAGUUUCCUGUCGGAGGUCAGGCCGACCUCUGCUCCAAGCGUCCUGUCGGAGGUCCGGCAGACCUCUGCUCCAAGUGUUCUGUCGGCGGUCCGGUUGACUCCUGUUCCAAGUAUCCUGUCGGUGGUCCGGCCGACUUCUGUUCCAAGUGUCCUGUCGGGGGUCCGGCCGACUCCCGUUCCAGGUGUGUUGUCGGGGGUCCGGUCAACCUCCGCUCAAUGUCGCCUGUCGGCGGUCCGGUCGACUCCUGUUCCAAGGGUUCUGUCGGUGGUCCGGCCGACUUCUGUUCCAAGUGUCCUGUCGGGGGUCCGGCUGACUCCCGUUCCAGGCCGACCUCUGUUCCACGUCUCCUGUCGGGGGUCUGGGCGACCUCCAUUCCACGUCUCCUGUCGGGGGUCUGGCCGACCUCCGUUUCAGUAG